AUGUUGCUUAGAUUUAUAACCACAACCCAUCAAUUAAAUUGGGCCUCACUAUAUUAUUUCACAAAACACACUAGACCCAAGGCUUAACCUCAUAGAGAGAAGACAAGAGCCAAAGCAAUUAGUGAUGAUAAAUCAGGAAAAAUUGCCAAAUCAGAUCAAGAACAAGAAUAAAAAUAAUAAUAGGAAAAUCUCAAGAAGAAAAUAGAAUUAGAAAAAUUAAGGGCAUUAUAACCAAAGAUGCAUACCUGGAGUUCAUUUUAUGAAACUCAUAUCCCUUAAACCAAAAAGAUACCAAAAACAAUUUAUCUUCCCUUAAAUGAAUAACCUGAAGGAAGAAGAAAGCAUUAUAAAAAGUUUGUUUAACCUCCAGUUGAUAUUACCGAAGAAUGCAAUUAAAAAUUUGAAAUCAAAUAGCAUACUUAUGAGGACCCCUUUGUUUAGCCAAAAAGAGCAGGAUUGAUUGCUGUUAAAGUUGGUAUGACUGCCUAAUGGGAUAAAUGGGGUUACAGGCAUGCAUUAACCGUCUUGCAAUUAGAUAAUAAUUAGGUUGUUUAAGUAGUUAAAAAUGACACCUAUACAGGGUUAUAGAUAGGGGCAGGAAGAGUCAAUAUUAAAACCCUAAAAAAACCCCAAAUCGGUCAUUUCCUUAAAGCAAAUGUAACCCUUUAGAGUUAUAAUAGAUACCUCCAAAAAAAUAUAUCAAGGAAUUCCCUAUCACACCUGAAAAUGCAUUACCAGUUGGCUAUAUGUUGACAGCAAGACAUUUUACUCCAGGCUAGUACAUUGACAUUUAAGGUAUUUCAACAGGAAAAGGUAAAACAAAGUUUUGAAUCAUUAUAAUAGGAUUUGGAGGUACUGUCAAAAGACACAAUUUCAAAACACAACCAGCAACUCAUGGUAACUCAUUGUGCCAUAGACAAUUGGGAAGUACUGGUUAAAGGCAAGAUCCAGGUAGAGUUUUUAAGGGAAAGAAGAUGCCUGGUCAUUUAGGAAAUGAUAAAGUCACAUGUGAAGGCAUUUAAGUAAUUUUGAAUAUUAUUUUAAAAAGAUUUACAGGAUAGAUGCAGUUCGAUAAUUAAUAUACAUUAAAGGAUCAGUUCCAGGAAAACCAGGUUCAAUCGUUUAUUUAAAGGAUUCUUGGAAGGCUUAAAAGAAAAACAAAGAAUUACUUAACUUUCCUACUUUGGCUGUUGAGAAUGGAAAGGAAUAUGCUAAGGAAAUUGUAAUGGAAGCACCAUUAGAAGAUCCUGAAAUGGAGGAAACUCAUGAGAAUGAUUUCCCAAAGGCUGGAGAAGAUGCAGAGGAUUGAUAAAAAUAACAAGGGUAUAUAAUAAUAUUAAAUAAAAAAAUAAAUAACAAG